ACAAGACCGACAACCCAACACAUAAUGACCUUAGAUUGUCUUCGCUACCUUUUCCAAAGUUCCUCGUGAAGUUAUUGCAUUGAAUAUUUCGAAGGCUUUUUGACAAAUCUUAAGAAGCAAUACGCCUGAGGAAAUGGGGAUCAAAGGCAGCUACGCUGGACAGAACCUCACACUAACGGUGUCUAUCAGAAAGAGAACGGCGUUCCUGGUUCUACAAGUGAUCGGAUUUGUCCUCUUCUGUGCCUACCUGUUCCAAGUCUCAAGUACACACAGCAGCCUAAACAGCAGUAUCCAGGAGUAUCCUGAACAACCAAAGAAAGCCCCAUCGUGGCCCGGAAGAAGGGAACCCCUAGUGAUCGGACUCGGUGACGACAUGGAACAAUUCGAACCCCUGAUCAUGGCCGUGAAAAACCACCAACCGUUAAUCCCCGAAGCCCUGCUCGAAAAAAUGAGACGCUACAGGUUUGACGAAACACGUUCGGGUAGGAAACCCAGGAUAAACACCACCGACGAGAAUAACCGUGCAGAAAUGCAGACGGUUUUUAAACUAGUCCAGAAAUACGUUUCCAGUCCGCAUGCGUUAAUAAGAAGGCUGGUAAGAAUAGACGACAGUCAAAUGAAACAAAUUAUAGACGUUAUAAAGGCCUAUAGGAGUCAACCCGAGAGUUGGGUCAAGUACUUAGGGACUAGAUUUGGCCUGGAGUUAAAGAUGGUACCAAAACAAGAAAGUGUUGAUGUCAGUGCUUUGCAGAAGUUGCCUCAUCCACCGUUAUACGGUAGAACAGUUGAUGAUGCAAUGGUACCAGAGUAUAGAGUGGGUAGCAUGAAAGAGUGCACUACAGAAAGGACACGAGUUGCGUUUCCUAAACUUCACAAAGUUGCAGGGGACACUAUCAAAGGCAUGCUUCACCGUUUUGGCUACGAAAGAAACUUAACGUUUUUGCUACCCAAACCCUUUCUGUCAAGUUGUACGUAUCCGUGGAACUUGUACCCUGGCACGAAUUACCCGCCUUCUGAUAAGAAAAGCUUUGACAUCCUAACCUACCAUACGAUUUAUGACAGUAAAAAGUUUAGCCAAAUUAUGCCAGAGGAUACGGUAUAUCUAGCGAUACUGAGGGAACCCUUUAGUCAUUUCAAAUCUGUCUGGCAUUUUUACGAUUUGUCCAGUGAAUUUGGCCUUGUGUCUAAGGGCACAGAAGGUAUCACAAUGUUCUUACAAGACCCUGAGAGAUAUGACACUAGGUUUUACGUUGAGAAUAAGUCAUGCAGAGGCAAGAUACAACCCGUUUCUCUCACCCGUAACCCCCUAUCAGUAGAUCUAGGUCUUCCACUAGAGCUAGCAACUCUUUAUAAAAAGAACGAUACAGAGAAAAACGAAGUCGCAGAAAUGUUCAUCGAAAAGAUUGAAUCGGAGUUUCCUCUUGUAAUGAUCAUGGAGCAUUUCGACGAAUCGUUGGUCCUCUUCAAACGUAUGAUGUGUUGGAGCUUAAAAGACAUCCUCUACAAGCGUAGAAAUUCUGGGAAAUAUCUAUACAAGGAAGAAGACGUGCCUGACAAUCUUAAACAGGUCCACAAACAAUGGAGUCACGUGGAUUACGCGCUGUACGAUCAUUUCUACCAAGUGUUUCAAGAGAAACUCGAGGAGGGAGGACAAGACCUAGCGGAUGAGAUUGAACACUUUAAAAAGAUACAGUUACGAGUGUCAUAUUUCUGUGAUCAGUUGAGCCAUGGGUCUUGUAAUGUCGGGCCAAAACUUACCAUUCAAGAAAGCAAGUGGGAUAAGGGUUUUUACGUGGAUAAGGACUUCUGUUUGCGUUUUGAUAGAGAGUUGAAAUGUGAAUAUGUCUUAGCAGCGGAAAGACAAGCAAGGGUAGAAGAAUGGCCCGUCACGAAAAAAAUCAAGGAGAUCAGGAUAGAGAACGAGGCUAGAGCGAUCAUACAGAAAAACUGCUUGUUCUGCGAAAGAACGCAAUACGGCAUGUGUCUUUCCGUAGACUAUCUGAACUAUCUGGCAACGGAUGAAAUCAUUUCAAAGGAGAGACUGAAAGAGUUAAGAGUAAAAUAUUAUCCUAAAUCCUAUAAUCUUCACUGUAAAGGGAAAUAGCAAAAUGUUUCUGCAGUUUCUGAUAUCUAAUUUGACAUUAGGUUUGUUGACGUUUACAUUUCUUUCAUUUAUUCGUUUGUUCGUUCUUUCAUUCGUUUAUGCAUGCAUUCAUUCAUUAAAAUUCAUUCAUUCAUUCAAAUACCUAUUCAUUCAAAUAUUUAUUAAUAAGUUUAUCUAUAUUUGAUUGAACUAUUCAAUCAUUUGUUCAUUCGUCCAUUCGUACGUUCGUCAGUCAAUAUCUACAUUCAUUGACGUCACGUUUGUUCUAAUUUUGAACUUUGACCUUUGAGUGUGACUUGUAUUAAUGACUGUACUACUAUAGCUACUUGAAAAAACAAGACAAUGUAAAAAAUGAAAGAUGAAAUAUCAACAUGACUCUUGAUGCUGGCAA